AAGAACUGAGCUGCUUUUAGACGACUCCAUCGCAUUCUGGAUGUUCGAGGAGAUCUACAGUCAAUUCAAAGCUCAUAUCAACUGUGGUCUUUGUGUUAUUCGUCGUACUGCUCUCCUGAUUUUGAAACCAAAUUUUUAAUCUUGGGAAACUUGUCACUGAAAACCUUACAGGGGAGAACUGCAGGCUUUGUAUCUAUGGCAUGACAACAAACAGCAAACUUUACUAUGUGGACACUUUUCACUCAGUCAGUGUCAGUGGUUUUUAUUUUCUUCUUUUUUUUAUUCAGAUGUGACAUCAACCAAACUCACCAUGCACAGUAGGAAGUACAGAGCACUUCUUUGUCUGUCCCGUCAGAGCUGAGCUGCUUUCAGACGACUCCGUCUUGUUGUGGAUGCUGAAGCUGAUCAUGGUUCUCCUGUGGAUGAUCCUGUUGGUGCUUCUGCUCUGUGCAGAGGCCGAGAAGGUGACCGAGGUCAGAGGAGAGCUGGGGACCAAUGUCACUCUAACCUGCUCCAAUCAGACAACAGAGGUCCACUGGUACAUGGAGAUCCACAGUCAGUUCAGAGCAUGUAUCGGCCGCAGUUUUUCUUCAGCAGGCUCUACCUACUGCUCUCCUGGUUUUGAAACCAAAUUUUCAGUCCUGGGAAACAAACUGGUGAUUAAAAACUUCAGAGCAGAGGACUGCAGGCUUUACUUCUGUGGCAUCAAGAGAGAUGGCAGCAUUUAUUUUGUGGAGACUUUCCACUUCGUCUCAGAUGUCACCAUCACCGACCCCCAGAGCGACUGCAGGCUCAAUCAGCUCAUCAUCAUCUGUGUCUCCGUUGCUGUUAUCGUCUUUGUAAUACUGGGUGCUGUUUGUGCAGCGUUGUGUUUGAAGAGGAAAAAGCGCAGGAUCCAGAAGAAUAAUGUUUCACUUCACAUCUAUGAGAACGCACACACCAUUAGGGCUGCGCAGAACAAGGUGAUCCACUCUCAACAGGCAAAACCUCACUGAAGGACUUCUUUACCCGUAAUCAGAAGCUGGAAAGAUGUUGCUUUUGUGGACACUUUGAAUUGUUUCACAUUUACCCCCAAAACACACAUUUUCAUGCAUUUUUGUCUACUGCAGCACAUAAAUUGACAUUUUGUGUAUUAUCAGGAUUGUAAGAAAACAGCUGCGUACUUAUGAUGUAAAACUUCAUAUGAAAAUGUGAUGUGCUUCAAGUGUAAGCUGGAGUCCUUUGAACAUGUGAAGUGCAGCUUAAGAGAGUCUGAAACCCUUUUAAGCUAAAAUUUGAAAGCAUGUCUGAAACUUUAAGGGCAGCGGUUAUAGUACUGGCACUAAGUGAGGUGGUAGCACUAUUUAUGACAGUAUCACAUGACUAACAAUAGUGACUGAAGUACAAACAUAUAUAAUGUCAACAGUAACGUCAACAGCAUAUUGUAUUUGUAGUAGUACUUAUAGAAUUGCUGGUAAACUGCUUAGUAAUCUAGUAAUACAUGCAUUAAAUACUAUUUUUGCGGUUGUACUAAUAGCAGCUGUAAUAAACAGGAUUGUGGGCAAUUGAAGUAGCGAUUGUAGUUUUUAAAGCAGUAUAAUAAUAUGUGUCUGUAAGUUGUAGCUAACAAUUCUGUUUGCACAAAUACUUCUUUUCUCCAACGCUUGUCUGAAAGUGUAAAAAUAAAGCAUGAAAAAGGAAGUGA